CGGUCGGCGGGCCGCGUGAGCCGGGUAUGGCGGCGUGGGGCCCGGCCGCGGCAGCUCCUCUGCUCCGCGGGAUCCGCGGGCUUCCUCUUUUCUACCAUGUACAUCGGAUGUUUGCCUCCCAGACUGAGGGGGAGCUCAAAGUGACCCAAAUUCUCAAAGAAAAGUUUCCUGGAGCGACAGCUAUCAAAGUCACCGACAUUUCAGGAGGCUGUGGGGCGAUGUAUGAAAUCCAAAUAGAAUCAGAAGAUUUUAAGGAGAAGAGAACCGUCCAGCAGCACCAGAUGGUUAACCAGGCACUAAAAGAAGAAAUCAAAGAAAUGCAUGGACUGCGGAUAUUCACCUCCGUCCCCAAACACUGAACACGCCUUGGCCGCGCUGCUACUUAAAACCUUUGAAGAACUUGACUGUCACUGGUUUUUCCUAGGCAUUUGCCAAAAGAUUUAUCUACUUUGUUCAUAGACGUUUCUAUAUUAUAAUUAUAGAGGAAUAUGUUAUCUAUGUAGGUGUUAAUUAAAGGCAACGGGCAACCGAGGUUUUAGAAGGGCUAUUUGCACUGCUUCUAGUUCCUUUACUUCGGAAGCAACAUUGUUU